AUGUUGCACAUUGACCGGGAUUAUGUCGACAUCUACUGGAUCAACUGCAAACAAUCCACCAACGGCAACACCCACCGAAUAAUCGGCCUGUUCAACCCAGGCGCAGAUCGAGGCGCCUGGUACCACUGCCAAGGAAGUCCCGGGGCCCGCGAGCCUACAUAUGAUUAUGAAAAGAGACUCGACAGCUGGUCAUUCGAAAGCAAGCAACUUAUUUCCCGCAUUCCGACAACAGUUGUCAAUGAAGUCGUACAACAAGCCGAAUCCAUCCCACCUCAGGACUGUGGAACCUGGGCCAUGUACUUGAUUCUUAGGCUCGAGUGGGAGGGGUUGGUUCCUGUCGGGAAUUAUGAGAAGUUGAAGAAUAGUUAUGGCUGCCUUCACAAUGAUGAAGAUCUUGGGCCAGGUGCUAUGAAGCCUUCGCCUCCGCCACUUCUACUGCCUCUGCCAGCUCCAGCUCCCCGGGGUCGUCUGCCUCGGCGGACUCUGAUGCCUCAGCAGACUCCGAUGCCUCAGCAGACUAUGAGGCUUCAACGGGGUUGGGAGGAUGAGCAUCAUGGCUAUCAGAUUCCUUAUGAUUCGAAGGUUGAGAACUGGCUUCGGCGUAUUUAA